CCACCAGGAACAGAACAAAACACCGUUAAAAUGACUUCAACAGCAGAGACGUCUUCCUCGAAUGCAGAGAAGAAGAAGCCGAUUACGAUUAUAACGAUCGGAAUGGCGGGGGCAGGAAAAUCCACCUUCGUGCAGCAAAUCAACUCGUAUCUGCAUUCGAAGCAGCCACCCUCGCCACCCUACCUGCUUAACCUCGACCCAGCGGUUACCAGUACCCCAUUCGAGGCCAAUAUUGACAUCCGUGACACAGUGGACUACCACAAAGUCAUGAAGGAGUACAACCUUGGGCCCAACGGCGGCAUCCUGACCGCUUUGAACCUCUUCACGACGAAGUUCGACCAGGUGCUAGACUUUGUCGAGAAAAGCGCCAGUAAACACGACUACGUCAUUCUGGACACGCCAGGGCAGAUUGAGAUUUUUACUUGGUCAGCGUCUGGCGCAAUCAUCACGGACGCCGUUGCGUCCUCGCUACCGACGGUGGUAGCCUACAUCAUCGACACGCCUCGGACAACAGCACCCGCUACAUUCAUGUCGAACAUGUUGUAUGCAUGCAGUAUCCUGUACAAAACCAAGCUUCCGUUCAUCCUCGUCUUCAAUAAAACCGACGUGCAGACGCACGAGUUCGCGAUCGAGUGGAUGCAGGACUUCGAGGCCUUCCAAGCAGCCCUCGCUUCACAUCAGGGCACGACGGACGACGAGGGCGAGCCGACGUACAUGAACAGCCUUAUGAAUAGUAUGAGCCUCGUGCUCGAUGAAUUCUACAAACAUCUAACGGCGGUCGGCGUGUCGAGCGUCACCGGAGCAGGUAUCAAAGAAUUCUUCGAUGCCGUCGAGGCGUCGCGCGGUGAGUACGAGAGGGAAUAUUUGCCAGAGCUCCAGCGCGCCCGUGCGGCUCGCGAAAAAUCGCUGAAGACGGUCAAGGACGAGUCCAUGAGCCGUUUUAUGAAGGACCUCACGCUCGACCGCGAGAAGAACCCUGCAGCCGCUGCGGCGGACCGGUGGGACCCCGCGGAAGAAGAAGAAGACGAGGACGAGGACGACCUGGACAUGAACAUCAUAGAUCGCAGCGAGGAUGCGUGGCCCGGGCAGUAUAUUGACGUAACGCGCAUGCGGCCGCGCAACGACGAGGGCAUGGCGUGGCCACGACCGGGCUAAGCGGCUGCCGGGCCUCAUGUUUCGUGAAGAGUGGGCGGUAGGGUUGACAGGCUGCGGUAGGUCAGGUGUGGG